AUGACGCUGCUAGUUGUUCCUGUACGAUCGGUGCACCGAUUGCGGGGAAUUCACUUGGAGAUGGGAAGCCUGGCACAUUGGACAGCCCGCUUGCAGGCAGCCCAGACAGGAAUAAGUACAAGCGGCAACAGUGCCAACGUCGGGACUGCAACAACAGACUGCACCAGGGGAUCGCGAACUGUGAGGACUGCGACUCACGCGUUGCCCUCGUCCGGACGAGAUUCUGAAGGCGACCAGAAUACCGACUCGACACGACGCGACCUGAAGAAACGUCUGCACCAGUGGCAGAGGAUCCACAUCGGCGUUUUCAUGGGCGCAUUUCUGUGCUCGUUGGCCGGUAUUUUAGCCUUCGGAAUGGUGCUCAAGAACUUCGAGGUGUACUGCCCGCUCUUCGCCAACGUUAGCGUGAUCCGUGACGAAGAGGUCGCCGCCAGCAACGCCAGUGCGUCGAGACCUGUGCGGUACUACUCCGUCGAUUACGGGACCAGUUCUUGGGGAGGAAAGUGGGCGUGCGAAUUUUGCCUCUUCACGACGGUGUCGUCAUUCAUCUACGCCUUUCUCUGGCUGUGGAUAUUCUGCUCAUUCUCCCGCAAGGUGCAAGACAUGUCUGUAGUCAGGGAGAGCAGCCCGUGGAAGGUUGUGCCACCGGCGCUGUUCAUCACCUGUGUCUUCUCUAUGCUCGUGCUCGCCUGUGCCAUAUUGCUGACGGUGGGCCAGGUCGGAUUGUGCAACUCGCUGGAGCGCCACACUCUGGUCAGCUGCAGCGACGCCCAAGACCUGCCCUGGAAGCCGGACGUCAUCAAGAUGGCCAACUUCCACACGCUGCUCACCAGAGCCGAACUGGCGAUCUGGCUCGCGGCGAUAUGCUGGUCCCUCAACUCCGUCCUGCUGUGCUGUCGCUGUAUCCUGCACCCAGACGUCGCGACGACGGGAAGCAUAGUUCCGAGGACCACGACCACUGCUACAGCCUGACACGUCGACGCUUCCUAUCGCUCAGUCGGGCGCGGGAGCUUUAUUUAGUCAGUAAAAGUGUUGCCCUUCCUAGAAUGGAGGCUUUUAGCAUACCCGGUAAGAUCAAGGCUGUUUGCUUAGCCAGACGCUGGUGGCGACAUUAUGUGGUACUUUACCUAACUACGAUGCCUUUAAAGACGUUUUCGUCGUCCAUGAGUGUUCUUGUAAAAAAAAAAAAAACAUUCAAGAAGGCAUCAUUAUUGCAUUAACCAAGUGUAUUCUACUUUGCCAUCGACACAAAUUUUCGGUCGCGGGGCAAUCGUGAACGCGUUGCCUUUUAAACGUUUCUUUUUUUUCGUCAAGAACAAUCUUGGAACACGAAAACAUGUCUAUAUAAAACAUUGUGUUUAGACGAAGCGUCGAUCACGAGGUGUCUCUACAAGUAUCCUGUAACCUGGUAUUACGCAAACGCCAUCGCACAUACCGGACACACUAAAACACUAUUUUAAUACGGAACAAGGAGGUGACACGGAACACCGGAGGCACAAACGUAUGGUCAACUAGAAUACUACUAUACGCAGACGUGUGCCGUGGCACUGGUGGCCCCACCUCGUGACAUUGACGUC